UCCACAGAGCCCGCCCACAAAACCCAGCAAGUUUCUGCUGUAUCACCUGCUAAACUGGAUUCUUCGGACAAUUUUAAACAUCAAAAUUUCCUGCCUGCACCUCCCCUCCCCUUACAAUGGCGUCCUCUUCUUCAGUUGGAGACAAACAGCUGCACAGGAUAAUCAGAGAUCUGCAGGAUGCUGUUCUGGAGUUGAGUAAAGAGCACAAAGAGUGCGGUGAACCUAUAACUGACGACAGUGGCAACCUGCACAAGUUCUUCUACAAACUAGAAUACCUGCUGCAGUUUGACCAGAAAGAGAAGACAACCUUUCUUGGUCAGAGGAAAGACUACUGGGAUUACUUCUGCGACUGCCUGAUUAAGAUCAAGGGAGCUAACGAUGGCAUCCGUUUUGUUAAGUCCAUCCCUGAGUUGAAGACGUCACUGGGGAAAGGAAGAGCCUUCAUCCGCUACUCACUCGUUCACCAGCGCCUUGCUGACACACUGCAGCAGUGUCUCAUAAAUCAGAAAAUCACAAGUGACUGGUAUUAUGCCCGGAGUCCCUUUCUCAAGUCUCAUCUCACUGCUGACAUAAUAAACCAUCUUUAUGAGCUCAACCAGAUCCAAUUUGAUGUGGCUGCCCGUGGUUACGACCUCGAUGCAGACUGGCCAUCAUUUGCAAGGCGAACGAUAGGAACCGGUUCAUCAGCUUUCCUGUGGAAGCCUCCUAGUCGCUGCUCCAGCAUCAACAGCCUGGUUAGCAGCUAUUCACACUCGCAGGCACAGGAGUUUCUCCCCAUCCCCGACCUGAAUCACAGUCUCCUUGGUGAUCUUGGGGAACUGGGAGAACCAUCUUCUAGCAGCAUUGCAGAGAAUCUCCGAGUUGAGCUCGACCAGUCCGAGCUCAGACAGCAGGAGCUCCUGGCACGGGUUCAGGAGUUAGGCAAAGAGGCUGCUGAGCUGAAAGAUGUCGUUAAAGACCUUCAAGGCCAAUUAUCGGACCAGAAGUCUCAUAAUUUAGCAACUACGGUGGUCCAAAGUAACCAAGAAGCUGCUAACGAGGAGGCAAUAAAUCACCAUCAAACCUGUAGCGAAUCGAUAAACUCUGAACUUCAAGACCGGCUCACAGCUGCUGAGAACAAAAAUAUGGAGCUUCUUUCUAAGUUGGAUGAAGCUCUUAAAGAAAAGGGACAGCAAACAGCUAGCUACUGCGACUCUGCCUGGAAGAUCCAGGAGCUCCUGGAUAAGCUCAAGACUGCAGAGGAGGAGAGGUUGGAGGCGAAGCGAGAGGCUGACGACGGGGCCAGGCACUCUGAACGCCUGUCGCAGGAACUGAAACUGAGGGAAGAAGAGUUGAGGAGCAGCGAGGAGAAGCUAGCCGAGGUAAAAGCUGGAGCCAAUAAUGAGCGGGAGGACGCGCUGGCACGACUGGAGGAGCUCCAAAGCGCUGUCAGUAGAAUUCAAGGGGCGCUGACUCUAAAAGAGAAGGAGACAGGGAACCUCAGAGCCCAGCUUCACGAUCUGCAAGCCUCGCUGGAGUGUAGGGAGCGACAGGCAGAGGAACUGAGGAAAAGACUGCAGGAGGAGAGGCAGGAGAUAGAGCAGCAAUGUAGCAUGAGUAGUAUCCACAACGAUGAACUUGAAAGCCUGGUCUUGGAUUUAAGAAUAACUCUGAGAAGCAGGGAGAAAGAGCUAGCUGCUAGUUCAGAAAGAGUCAAACAUUUAGUGGAGCAGUUGGAGAAGCUAAACGUUGAGAAGGAAACUCUGAGCUCUCGACUUAACGAUAAUGAAGCUGCGUCCUGCAAAGAAAAGGAGAACACUGAGGAGUACAAAACCCAGUGCAGAAAUCUCAUGGAAAUAAACACAAAGCUACUCCAAACAGUUCAGAAGAGUGAGGCGAGCAACGCAGAACUGGCAGAGAGCAGGACCGCCUUGUUAGACCAGUUAGCUUCCUUGAGGGCCUCCGAGAAGCACUUGAAAGGAAGAUUAGAAGCUGCUAACAUGUGUGUAGAAGACAGAGAGAGGAAGCUUUUAGAUGAAAACCUGCAUUUGGAGGAGACUGUCCAGAAGGUGACGGCCCAGAAGGAAGAAUUAGAUGCUCACUUAAAGAAGCUAGGACAUGAGAACAGAGAGCUUCUAGACAUUCAGUCCUCACUGAAGAAACAGUUGGCCACAAGUCAACAUGAAGUGGACUUACUCACUGCCAAAGCUGAAAAGUUGGGCAAGAACCUCACAGUGUCCCAAAAAAGCCACGCAGAGUUACUUGAGAACCUCCGGGAAACCGAAGCUAAGCUGAGAGACCAGACUGUAAAGUGCGGCCUCCUGCAGACUCGAGCUGAGGAGCUGGAGAGCGGCACCGGAGAGCUGCACCGUGAAAAGGGAGCUGCAGAGAGCAAUGAAAAAAUGCAGAUGCUUCACAACGAGCACCAGGCCUCCUCAGCGGAGACAAAAGAGGGGCCGAUCAGGCUGGUUAUAGCCGAGGCGCAACUGGAACUCAACCAAAGGGAGGUAACAAGGCUCCGUGAGGAGGUGGUGGAGCUCAGGGCUCAGCUCCUUGCGGGCAGCGAGGAGAGAAUUAAAGUCCAGGCACUGCAGGAGGUGACGGAGGCCUCCAGGGAGGACCUCCGCGUUUUGGCGGAUCAACUCAAAGCCCAGGUAGAGGAGCUAAACCGCCGGCACGUGGACGAGAUCCUUCGAUCUCGGGAGCGCGAAGAGUCUCUCAUCCGCGAGCGUGACGGGGAGGCGCAGGCUCGAGCCGGUCUGGCUGCAGAGGUGAUAACCUCCAGAGAGGAGCUAGAUAGACUCAAGCUGCGUUACGAGGCCUUGUGUCUGGAGAACAGCGAAUCCAGGGAGGCCCUUCACAGGGCCAACACGGAGACGGCAGAGCUAGGCGUGCACGUGUGCAUGCUGACCGCCGAGAACGAGGAGGCCCGUCUGCGCUGGGAGGGCCUGUCGACGAGGCUGCAGGAGCUGGAGGAGGAGGCCACUCAGGAGGCAGAGAGGCUGAACACGCGCAUGGAGCAGCUUCGCCAGGAGAACGACGAACUCCUCAGUCAGCUCCAGAACAGCGAGGUUCUGUUGGCGUCCAAGCAGAACCUACAGAUAGAGCUGAGGAAAGUGCAACAAGAGGCUGACGUCGUGCAGGAGACGAGCCAGGAGGAGAUCCUGGGACUGCGGCUCCAGAUCAGCAGCCAAACUUUGUCGCACGAAAACCAACUCCAGAGCGUAAAUCAGGAGCUGAAGGAAGCGAAACUGCAGCUGGAGGCGGAGCAGGAGAAAGUUGUCGGUUUGGAGAACAGUCUCAAACGGCUCGAGGCUGAAAAUCAGAGACAUUGCCAACAGAUUGAGGAGAAAAACAUCCAGAUGGCUGAAUUCGAAAAUCUCAUCCAGCAGAAAGAAGACGAGAUAAUCCAUCUGAAAGGGAAUUUAUCAAGGUGUGAAGAGCGGCUGGCAGCAGCUCAGCAGGCCUGUCAUGAUGUGGCUGAUAAUCUGCGGAGAGUGACACAGGAUAAACAGAGCUUCGAUCUUAAGGCCGCUGCUGAACUUGAUGAUCUUUACCGAACCAAAAUAAAUUUGGAGGAGAGGCUUGUGGAGCUCAUCAGAGAGAAAGAUGCACUGUGGCAGAAGUCGGACGCUCUGGAGUUUGAACAGAAACUGCGAGAUGAGGAGACGGAGAGGGACGUCAACUACUGUCUGGGCUGUCACACUCAGUUCAGCUGGUGGCUUCGCAAAUACAACUGCAGACUGUGUGGACGUCCCUUCUGCUACUAUUGCUGCAGCAACACAGUGAGCACGCAGCAGGGUGGCAACAAGGAGCGCUGCUGUAGGGACUGUUACAGCCAGCACAGUGCAGUGGUUGAGCGCCACCCGCAGGAAGAAGUCGCUCACAGCACGCCGGGGACGCCGUUUAGUCGUCUUCUGCAGGCCGGCCGAGCUGCGACCAGUGUUUCAGGAGCAGAGGAAAGCGAGAAGCUGGACGAUGGUGUUUUUGACAUUAUCACGGAGGACGAGGUGAGUGGGGUCUACGACAGUGACUCCCUCUCGUUUGCCACCGCCUGCUCUCCUGGACACGGACAGCAGGGGGCAGCACAACUUAGCAGCAGUGCCAGUGCAGGAGACCUGGCAUCAGAGGACACGGAGGACUUCAGCGCUGCUGUACAGGAUGCAGAGAUCUGCCUGCUGAAGUCUGGAGAACUCACGCUCUCGGUCCACUUCACGGUGGACGACAUCUCAGGGUUCGGGGACACCUCCCGAGAGCUCUUCAUCAAGUCCAGCUGUUACAGCACCAUCCCCAUCACCAUGAACAGCUCCGGUCCCACCGUCUCCUGGACUUUCACCUCCGAACCAAAGAGCAUCUCCUUCAGUGUGGUCUACAGGGAGAGCGCAGAGACGCCACUGGAGCAGGCCAAGGUUUUGAUCCCACUGACCCGCUGUAACUCCCACAAGGAGACGAUACAAGGGGAGCUGAAGGUCAGAAACCCUGGGGAGUACACACUCAUCUUUGACAACUCCUUCUCCAGGUUCAUCUCAAAGAAAGUGCUGUACCAUCUGAGCCUGGACAAACCUGUGGUCUAUGAUGGAUCUGACCUCCUCUGAAUGGGCCGGGAGGAGCCCAGACAGGUGGAAAACUGACUUCUGAAAAACUGUUCGGGGCUGCUCCAGCUCAUCCGCAUCGUUUUGGAAGCAAGUGUGUCGGAAUCUACCGACGUCAAGGACCCUCAAGUAAAAGUUGUGGCAUUUAGAAACGUCUCUUCUAGGUUCCCACUCGCCCGUGAUGUGUUAAACGUCAAUUGGAUUCUAGUCGUGAUGAGGCUGACCAGAGGUGGAUGAUAUGAAGGAAAACAAUGUUACACUACUGAAUGUCAGCAUGCACUACCUUUUUAUAAAACAAAUAGUUUAUAAGCAUUAAUAGGUCACUAGGAACUGGCCUGCAGGUUGGUUGUGUGUGUGCACAUAGUGCAGGUGUGGGAUCUUAGCAGAAGUAAAGCUAGUAAAGCUAAUUUAGUUUUUUCUUUUUUUCUCUCUCUCUCAUAAAGUUAGACUAGCCUACUACUAGCAUGGGAUUAAUACUGCCUUCAAAUGAAACUCAUGAGCUUGUGGUAGAUAGGUAAGUCGUGAGACCACCCCUGCAGCUGCUAGGCAACCGUUAGCGUCUAGAAGCAUCCGAAGCUAACACUUAGAGUAACUUUCUGUGGGAAAUGAAAGGUUGAGUUGAUUAGAAGUAUCAGCAUUUUCCUCAGACAUAUAAAGUUAUGCUAAACUAAAAUAACACUUAUCAAACACGUCUGAAAAUAUCGACAAUCUAAUCCUAAUCUAACUCUAAUCUACUCCAAUGUCCAACUACAGGGCUGUGAACCACACUGUUGCUAGGCAACUGUUGACGUGUGUACAAAUCAUAGAGGCUAACACUUUAGCAAGCUAACGACUGGGUAGUUUGAUGUAAGACAUGCAAAUUUUCCUCAGACAUAUUAUUAAAUGUCGCAAGUCGCAACUUGUUGACUGAGAUCUUACUGUAACCAGAUCGUACCACAGUACAAUGUGGUAAAUGACUGUAGGUAGGUAGGGUAGGUACCUCGGGCUGUUUGUAUGGACUCCAAAACCAAAUGAGAAAGUGUUCACGGAUGAAAGAAACCACGGAGGAACGUCUGAUUUUGUUGAACAGGCUGAGGUACAAAAAUAAAGGGAGAUAUACUGACGCAUUAAAGGUCAAACAACACUCCUGCUGCUGACAAACAAAUCUGGUGAAUUAUGACGCGGAAAAUUGUGUUUAGUUUGUGUCGGCGACCUGAGAUUAAUCAUCACCACGUUACCUAAAGCAGAAAGCUCUAAUUUAACUUCAUUACUUAACAAACCAUUUAACUGACACUUUAAUUUAGCCUUUAUUAACGUCAAAAACGGUGAAGUUCACGCCCGUUUUACAAACCCUUGUAACUGUUGCCUUUUUCAGACGUCACAGAUGAGAAGAAAUUAAUUUGUCGCCCCGCUGUCCCGAUGAGGUGUCACUAAACAGGACUUGUGCGACGGCUGCAGUUCUAGGUUUUAGUCACAUUCAGCUAACGGGCUUUGAUUCGGCGCGUUGUUUCUGGCGUUUGCAUCUGACGACGAAGGAGAAUGUGGCCACUUUAUUUUCUAUGCAUGCAAACACUAAGAAUGUGCACAGGCUUCCCCAACUCUUUCCCCCGAGGGGCGCAACGAGGAAGCACAUAUCAUGGUGUAACUUUCAGUGCUUUAAAUAUUUAGUUUUUUUCAAGUGUCAUUUGAACUGUCGCUCCUUGUUUUGUUUUUUUUGCAAUGGAUUUAAUUAAUAUAUGUGAAGAGGUUAGAUGAAGGAGUACUCGUUAUUUUUUAUUUGUAGGAAGAUUUUCAGGACAUAGGAAGGUGUUUGUUUUUUCAUGCUGUGUUGUUUGGGGUGUGAUUGUGUUGUCAAUUGAAAUGUGCACAAUAUGCAGCGUGUCAAACAGGAAAAGUAAAUAAUCUUAGCCUUUAAAUUAAAAAACAAAAAAAAGUCACUUUUAUACUUGAAGGGUUUUUUUUUUCUAUAUUUAAAUCGUUUAAUGUCGAAACGAAGCUUCUUGAUCAAUAACACAGAUUCACUUCUGUGCUUUUCAAUUUACAAGAAGUUCUUCCAGCAUUUUAAAACCAUUUUCUGACUCACUUUGUGAACAUUAACGACACGAUGAGGAUCAUUACACUUUUUAUACGUUUCAGAGCAAGAAGAGUGAUGUGCUGCCAAAUAUAUUGGGUCAAUGUACAAUUGUGUAUUUUACCGUUCUGAGAUGGGAGUAUCUGUGUUAAGAUCUUUCGACGUGACUUGCUGUACGACGCACUUUUCAAAAGGCUUUUUGUCAGUGUCCCAUGAGCCUUUGUGCCAGUUGAUGAAUGGUUUUCUUUUCCUUUGUAUUUAGCGUAGCAGUGUGAUUGUAGACGUUUACAGUCAGAGGGAAACUGACUUAACCUUGUGAAGGAUUGUUGAAGACGUUUUAUGAACAUAUCAUUUACUUAUAGAAGAUUUAAAAAAGAUGGAUUAAUAAAUAGGGAUUGUGUGAUAAA